AUGGGAAGUAUCACAGUUCGAUAUUUCUGUUACGGAUGCCUUUUUACAUUCGCAACCUGGACGGUCUUGCUUAUUGUUUAUUUCAACUUCAGUGAAGUGACUCAGCCACUUAAGAAAGUGCCCAUCAAGGGAUCUGGGCCCCAUGGACCAUUCCCCCAAAAAUUUUAUCCCCAUUUCACUCGAGGUCCGAGUCAAGUAUUAGAAUCACAGUUCAAAGCAAACAAAAUUGUUGAUGUGAUAGAUAAUCAUAUUGAAGAUCCCGAAAGAGGCGACAUGAAAUUCUCUUCUGAACUGGGUAUGAUUUUUAAUGAACGUGAUCAAGAGUUGAGAGACUUGGGGUAUCAGAAACAUGCCUUCAAUAUGCUUAUUAGUAACCACUUGGGCUACCACAGAGAUGUGCCAGAUACAAGGAAUGCAGCAUGUAAAGACAAGUCUUACUCGACAGAUCUGCCAGUCACUAGUGUCGUUACUUGUUUCUACAAUGAAGCCUUGUCUGCCUUGCUCUGGACCGUGCAUAGCGUCCUAGACCGCACGCCAGUCUGGCUUCUUCAUGAAGUUAUCCUCAUGGACAAUGACAGUGACUUCGAUGAUUUGAAAGGAGAACUAGAUGAAUACAUUCAAAAAUACCUCCCUGGAAAAAUUAAAGUAAUAAGAAAUACAAAGCGUGAGGGACUGAUUCGAGGAAGAAUGAUUGGAGCAGCCCACACAACAGGAGAAGUCCUGGUGUUCCUGGACAGCCCCUGUGAGGUGAAUGUGAUGUGGCUGCAGCCCCUGCUGGCUGCCAUCUGGGAGCACCGGCAGACGGUGGUGUGCCCAGUGAUCGACAUCAUCAGCGCUGACACGCUGGCCUACAGCUCAUCCCCUGUGGUGCGCAGAGGAUUCAACUGGGGGCUGCACUUCAAAUGGGGCCUCGUUCCCCUUUCUGAGCUCGGAGGACCAGACAGAGCUACUACACCAAUAAAGUCACCUACAAUGGCUGGAGGAUUGUUUGCCAUGAACAGAAACUACUUUAAUGAACUUGGACAGUAUGACAGUGGCAUGGAUAUCUGGGGUGGAGAAAAUUUAGAAAUACCAUUUCUGAUCUGGAAGUGCGGGGGCCAGCUCUUCAUCAUCCCUUGCUCCAGAGUGGGACACAUUUUCCGGAAAAGGCAACCAUAUGGUUCUCCUGAGGGCCAGGACACCAUGACACACAACUCCUUGCGGCUGGCACAUGUCUGGCUGGAUGAAUACAAGGAGCAGUAUUUUUCCCUGAGACCUGAUCUGAGAACCAGGAGUUAUGGAAAUAUCAGUGAAUGUGUUGAAUUGAGGAAGAAGUUGGAUUGUAAAUCAUUUAAGUGGUAUUUGGAUAAUAUUUAUCCAGAGAUUCAUAUAUCUGGGCCCAAUGCCAAACCCCAGCAACCCAUUUUUAUCAAUAGAGGGCCAAAACGCCCCAAAGUCCUUCAGCGUGGAAGGCUCUAUCACUACCAGACCCACAAGUGUCUGGCAGCCCAGGGCCGCCCAAGUCAGAAGGGAAGCCUAGUAGUGCUUAAGGCGUGUGACUACAGUGACCCAAAUCAGAUUUGGAUUUAUAAUGAAGAGCCUGAAUUGGUUUUAAAUGGUCUCCUUUGCCUGGAUACGUCAGAGACUCGUUCCUCGGUCGCACCACGACUAAUGAAGUGCCACGGGUUAGGAGGAUCCCAGCAGUGGAUCUUCGGGAGGAAUAAUCAGCUGUACCAGGUGUCAGUUGGACAGUGCCUGAGAGUGGUUGAUCCACUGAGUCACCGAGGCUCUGUCACCAUGGCAAUCUGUGAUGGCUCCUCCUCACAGCAGUGGCAUUUGGAAGGUUAG